AACAGACUGGUUUCCUCCGCUCUAUCGUUCACAUUUCGAAAAACAUCGUAGAUUUAAAAUAACAAAGUGACGCAUGCCAAAAAAAAUUUUUUUUCCUAAUUUACAUGGGAAAUCCUCAUAAAAUAGAUAAUGUCAUAAUAACUGUAGAUUAGGCUACUAGGAUUCGAGAUAUGGCGUCAGUGAUCGGUAUCACUCAAUGGAAACAAUUAUACAUUUGUGGCUAUCAUUUAAUCCACCAGACUCGUGCCUCGCCCCCUCCAGUGUAGAUGAUUUAAAUAAUCCUUUGUUUACAUGAUGCAGUCCCUCUGUCCGCGGAAGGAGGCUUUUGGUAGUGCUGUGUGAUUCCUACCAGCUGUUUCCCGCCUUGAAAGACAUCCGAUCAGCUGCAACUACACACGUACAUGCAGAAGGAAAGAGAGAGAGAGAUUGAGAGCGCCACACAACGAGGGAACCCUAUCAGCUGGAAGUAGAGUAACGUUACAACUCCGACUGCUACCACAUAAGGAAAUUUCCGAAUUAUGAAAUUAUUCUAGAUUUAUGAACAAGGGAAUUUGCAACUGGAACAUAUUUUGUGCGUUAAUUCAUUUGAACCGGGGGACACACAACUGGAGAGGAAAGCAUGGAGUAUUUCAUGGUACCAGCACAGAAGGUGCCCUCCUUGCAACAUUUUAGGAAAACGGAGAAGGAAGUGAUUGGGGGUCUUUGCAGCCUGGCGAACAUUCCCCUGACCCCCGAGACGGCGCGCGACCAGGAGCGGCGGAUCCGCCGGGAGAUCGCCAACAGCAACGAGCGGCGGCGCAUGCAGAGCAUCAACUCCGGCUUCCAAUCGCUUAAGACGCUUAUCCCCCACAGCGACGGAGAGAAACUCAGCAAGGUGGGUCCGAGAGAGGAAAGGAAGGGAGAGAAACUCAGCAAGGCGGCCAUCUUGCAGCAGACAGCAGAGUACAUCUUCGCUCUGGAGCAGGAGAAGACACGGCUACUGCAGCAGAACAGCCAGCUCAAACGCUUCAUUCAGGAGUUCAGCGGCUCCUCCCCAAAGAGGAGGCGUGGGGCGGAGGAGAAGGAUGAAGGGAUCGGUUCCCCAGACAUUUUGGAGGAGGAGAAGACGGAGGACCUGCGGAGGGAGAUGGUGGAGCUGAGACAGCAGCUGGACAAGGAGCGCUCUGUCCGCAUGAUGCUGGAGGAGCAUUUGAGACAGGAGGAGGUCUGCUGUGUUGUGGUUGGUGGUACUCAGCCUGAACAUGUGUUAGGAACUCACUCCGAGCAGCAGGAGAGAGCCAGCACCCCAGCCCACUGCCCACAGGUGCUGGCCCCCAGGUCGCCCCCCGCCCCCACCCACCACCCCACGGUCAUCGUCCCAGCUCCGCCUCCCCAUCACGUCACCGUGGUAACCAUGGGCCCGGCCUCUGUCAUCAACACAGCCUCCACGUCUCGCCAGAACCUGGACACCAUUGUGCAGGCCAUCCAGCACAUUGAGAGCAUCCAGGAGAGGGUGGGGGAGGAGGAGCAGCGCCGGGCGGUGAUCGUCACCCAGGGACGCGCCCUCACAGACACAGCUGGGUCCGACACGGCGUCCGACAGCGAGGGACCAGAGGACUGCUCACUGCCCUGAGGCCUCCCAUCACACACAGGGGCCACGAGAGGGGGCCCCAUACAACACCCACAAUACUCUGAUUAUAUGGCCAUUUAUUAGGUUGGAUAGACGGAUCAGACUCACACACACACUGAACUAGGAUAGUCUACUGUAACCGGAUAAUUACACACGCACACUUCUUUCUGUCUCUCUUUUCUGCUUUCUUGCUUUUUCUCAAACCGGACAAAAAAAAUCAGUAGAAAGGUGAUGGGUUGACCUGACAGUUCCACAUAGCUCAAGCAGCCAGCAGCCUUCCCAACGGUCACGACGCACCCAUCCAACCCACUCCCUCUCUGGGUCUGGCUUCUCCAGAGGGCUGCCUGAGGAUGGAAGUGUCACACCCAGGUCCAGCCCGGUCCCUUGGCUCAGUUGGCCAAUGGAGACUCUUUCUCACCUUCUCCAAAUCCAACUAAGCAACUUAUGCCCAGCGAGCAGGAGAGCGCGCCUGGACAGGACAGGUGUACCCCAACCAGCAGCACAGCCGUCCCAGGCGACCCCACACCCCCCCCAUACGAGAGAUUAUUUCUCCAAGAAGUCUUCUACUUCCUGUAUCUCUUCACCAUAUUUCUGCCCAGUGGGAUCUCCCCUGAGCGAUGAGACACUGUGAGCAUUCAAAGACACUUUCUGAAUCAGUUCUAACACACCUUUUUGGCUCCUUAGUAAGAGAAAAUGUUGUUGUUUUUCUGUUGUACUUUACAAAGAAUUUGUAAGAGUUUGUGUUACAGGUUUUCUUUUUGAUCUUGUGCUCUGCUCGGGGGCUCUGGAUGAUAAAUCACAGGGAUUGUACUGAAACGUGACAACACAGAAAAUGCCCAUAUUGACGCAGCUAGAGGUCUGUUCAUUUCAGUGGUGCUUACUAUGGAAAGAGAAGGAGUGCACUUACGGUUCCCUCUGUCUCUCUUUGCGCCAUCACACGUUUUACUGGGCUGGGUUCCCAGUAGACAUUUCUGUAGGCGACACUCUCCCCUAACUACAAACACGUAUGUUGGUUGCAUCAGUAGUACAGAUGAAAACCUGUAACACUGAUUCACCCUUUUGUCUGUUGCUUCUGACAUUUUGGCAUCUAGCUUGUUGAAUAAGCUAAUCGAUGGGUACGCCGUGAGUUUUUAAAACCCUUGGUGUGUUUUUGCUGUUGUACACAUAGGAUAGGCUGGUGUAUCCAGCUCCACGCUGUAAUUAGGUGGGUUGUGUCCGGGGUUAGGAAAGCCCUGUAUUUGGGACAGGCCUCUGUUUGAUAUUGUAGGAGAACACACACACCCCCCCUGUGCAAUUAAUGGUCCCAUCAUCUGAUAAAGCUCCUCCCAUCAUCUGAUAAAGCUCCUCCCAUCAUUUGUCCCUGAGUUUUGGAAACGUCUCUGAUGUUUGUGAGUUCAGAACCUUAACGGCCAAUGAUAUUGGUUGACUGAGCAUUUGACUAUGUAUUCACUAAUAGGAACAAGCGUCCUGAGGGGGGGCAGGUGUCUGUGGUAUCACCAUACUACUCAGCAUCGUGAAACUUGGCUUGGUAUCACGUCAUAAUGUUGAUAUUGUGACAACCCCACUCUGAAAAUAGGCACCUUUUCUUGUGGUUUCCACAGAUUUCUAGCAUGUCUCUCUGCAAAAACAUGUUUUGGGCCCCCAUCCCUCAGGCAGGGAUGCUAACUGGUAUUGUCUGUUUUUAUUAUUGUGCUUUUGGGCAUGUAUCAUUCUCUCUGUGAAGUCUGUCUAUGAUGGUUUUGUUGUGCCCCAGAUAGGACAGUGGUUUUACAGGGAACACAGACACUUUUUCAAAAGCCUGAUUCUGUGCAGAUUGUCAGAUCCUUACAAUACUUACAGAAAUUGUGGAGAAUAUGCCCAUGUGGAUUGCACCCAGGAUAACACGCUGCCUGGGGUGUGUGGAGAGAGCGAAGGGGGCAGCGGUUUGCCAUAACACAGCUUCUAAUGUGCAGGGUAGGCACUGUGAGGCCAGCCUUAACUCAACCCUGGAGUCAGAGCGAGAAAGAGGUAGAGGCUGGCUACACCUAUAGGGAAAGACUGAACAUUGUUCAAUAGGAGUGAUACUGUAAACCUUUUUGUCCAGAACCUCCCAAUAUAAAUACGCUUAUGCUUUGUUUUAGUGUGCUGUGGUUUCCAAGAAGAGAUGUGGAUGCAUUGUUUUUAGACAUUCCAGAAGAUUCCACCAGUACCUUUAGCAUCUUUAACUGGCACUUUUCAAGAGCAAAAAGCAACGGUUUUGUCCGAGGUUAUUUUUGGCCACAAUACGGCCAAACGCAAAGGAAUCGUUUUUUAUGUAAAAUUAUUUGAUGGCAAAUUGGAUUGAUUUGUUGAUUGUCCCUUAUGUCUUCCCAUUGAGUGUAGAGGGAGUCCUUUACUGCUGGACAGAUGAGACGCAUCUCCCUCCUAUCCUUCCUUCUUGGUAUUUACAGUGGAUUCACACUGGCCACGUUCAAGGCCACUUCACUGCAGUCACAUGCCAGAACCUCACAAUGCCUGGAUAGGUGUUUUUGUAUCAGCUUACCACAAAAUGAUACCGCCAACUGAUGCCCGACUGGAAAGUCAGUGAGGUGGCACGCAACCACAGGUUGCUGCGUGCAGUGCGACUGCAAUGUAGUCAGCCUGGAACGCGACCACUGUGUUCACCCAGGAAGAAAACCAACUUAGCCAUGUUGAGUUCCAUUAUUUGGAAAUGGUCAGUGAUUCUUGAGGUGUGCCCUCUUAUAAACCUUGUAAUCUGGAUCGGAGGGGGCAGUCCUCCGAGACAGUCCUAUUGAUUGCUGAACAAAAUGUUAUUUUUUUUGUUUGGUUACGCUUUAUGCUAUGUCCUUAGAAACCUUUUCGUACCCCUUUUCAGUACCUGUCUUCAAACAUUUCCUCUGCUGAUGCCAGCACUGUCCCAUAGAUUUUUGUGUGUAUCUUCUAUACGAUAUCUCUGUUAGAUACAUAACAGUUUGCCUGUGAGGUGGUCAGGGAGGGGGUCAGUGAAUGGGGGG